AUGGCGAUCCUGGAUGAGGUGGGACUUACCGCUCGGGAGGCUAGUCCCGAGGUGCCCAAGCGGAUCCUGUCUUCUGCUAGCGGUCUCUGUCUGCAGCCGAUACCGCAGUGGGAAUCGACUAUUUACCGCCGGUAUCACGGUAGGAAGCAUCUGACCGGCAGCAAAACAAAGGUGGGAACCCUGGUUCCGAACAACACUUGGAAUAUAACCCUAAUCCGUGAAAUUUUCUCCAGAUUCCAACGGCGUGGCGGCAAACACAUUCGCCCUAACCUCCAACACCGUAGCCCAACUCCUAAAGGAAAAGGCCUUCCCCGAGAAGGCUUUUUUCAUACGGGAUUUUCCGUGCUUCGGUCUAAGGUCGUCAAGCUUGGAGGCCACGGCUGUUCAACACAUCUGGUCAACCCUAGUUCCAUCUGUGCGGCGUGUAGGCACUGUCCGACUUUUCACCACCUAUCAGGAGCCGACGCAGAGCCAACGACGGGUCUCGACAAUACGUGUCGGUACGGUGUGCGUUCCGUCCCUGAAUCACGUACAACGAUUGUCCGGGGACGAGUGACGAUCGCAUACUCCAGUGUUCCCGAAGUGCGUCAAGUGAGGAAAAAGUGCACCAGAAUCAUCCCCAACGAGUCGCUGAAGUGGCAGACCAAUACGGCCACGUUCACUUACGGAACCUGUUCACGUCCGGAAGCACGAAGAGCAGCGAUAAGAUACAAAUCCCCUACAUCGCUCGGCGAAGGACGACCGAGGUGCAUGUGGGUACAGAUGAUGAGUGGCGUGAAGACAGUGUGUUAGUGUGUUGGUGUGAAACGCGUCCAUUGGUCGAGUGAUGACCUGGGCGCCGAAUGAUUAGUACAACGAGUCUGCGCCAAGAUACGUUGUCAGAUGACUGGCGCGUUCGAGUAACAACUGCAGACCGGGGGCCCCGGUACCAUCGUAAGCAUCAGCAGCAGUCCUUGGUAAUGUCCACAGCGCUGUAGGAUAAAUUAGUAAGUAAGCCUAGUUGUAAGUUGCAAAAUGUCAUUACAAACAUGUAGAAUUCCACCAUACAUUAUUUUUCAUGUCUAAUUGACUGCCCGAGAGUCUUAUUGACAACAAGUAGCCAUAGCCGGGCAUGAACGAAUCAGCGUAAUAGACCUCGUUCACUCAAUUGACUUUUCUGGGUCGGAGUUACGCUAUU